AUGCCGGGAAACGAGAUGCAUUUCAGUGCGGAUAUCUCACAGGCCGACCGUACCUAUAUGGAACAAUUAGGCAAUACCCUCCCAGAAUCAGAGAAGAACAAGUUCAUCCUUACGGUCAACAGAAACGUUUCCUCUGAAAAGACCCCUCAUGCCACCGUGGCUAUCAAGAAGGGAAAGAUGCCUAUUCCGCACUCGCACAAUGCGAGGAUGUGGGAUGGUCUCAAUUCCACCCUGUCCGAGCAGCUCUCCUGGAUGGAUGGGCAGUUCGACGAGACUGGACUCUCAGAGGACAAGAAGACCGAGAAAUGGCUGGAGUACAUCCCAGUCGAAAAGAAAAAGGCGAUCCAAGGUCUGUUGGCGGUGCAUGGCAUCAGCCUAGCAGACUGGCUCAAAGUCAAGGACUUCCUGACCGAGUACUACCCGGACAGAUCCAAAGAGCCAGUACAGCCUCAGCAGCUGUACGAGAUAGCCAUCAAGUUCUCAGCUGAGAAGAUUGAGCAGCAGGAGGACUGGGUCAAGUACACAGAGGCGUUCGCCAGCGCUCAAUCGCGACUUGAUCCGCAAGCCAAGGUGCUUGGGCUUGAUUACACCAUUAAUCAGGCCUUCUUCAUCGGCAUCCAUGUGUUCUGGCAGCAGCGACUGCUCCAAGACAUCAAACCUCAACAGACAGCCAACGGCGUCGACUUUGAGGAAGGUGGCUACCCGCCGCAAAGGAGGGUGAUGGCUCAGAUGGCCAAGUACCUUCGGCCAGGGAAUGUCACUGAGCGACUCGUCGCAGAGCGCCUCAACCCCACUAUGCCUAAAGCUACCGAUCUCGCUGCAUUGGCGGAAGCGGAAAAGGACAGGUGGAGUACUUCCCGCAAAGAGAAGAAGAAUGAGGAAGAGGAGAGGGACCGCCCGAUUCGGGUAGCCGUUCCCAAGAAGCCAGUGUCGACUAGUGAGAUCGACGACUUGGUAACAAAGAUGAGCCAGUUGAGGGCCAGCGCUGCUAGCAUCGUUGACCAGUUCGAGUGGCACGAGAAACAAGGCCAGUACACUGCUCUGCGCAGCAUGCUGGAAGCCAAGAACAGCCACCAGGCAUCGGUCUAUGGACCUUACUUGCCGGGUGCGAAUAAGUUCACUGUCCGAAAGGCAUCAGCAGUGACCGUCGAGUCCCUGUGCUUGAACAUGGCCAGCUUCUUUGAUGACGACAGCCCCGUUUGGGAUGGCCAGAGAGUGGAUGCCAUGGUGACCCAUGCUGCCGCAAACUCGGUCGAUCUGAGCCAGCUGCAAGGCUUGCUCGAUCAAGCCAACAAGAUCAGGUCGGGUCACCCUCGACAGUGGCGAGAACAGCCGGACUACAGGACCGUAGUUGCUCAGCUCGAAGGCCUAGUCCCCGGACUGAGAUCCUUCUUGCCCAAGCCUCUCGACCCAGGGAAGAAGCCCUUUGGCGGAUACCAAGCUUCAGGCUUGGGCGGUCAAGGCUACCCCAAUCAAAAGCAAGCUUUUGUAAGCUCGCAAGCACCUUUCAUGUCUAGGGCCAACGCAUGCAACUUCUGCAAAGAGCCAGGACACGUCAGUCGCAACUGCCCGGUAGCUCAAGGCUUUGCCGAUAAGAAGAUUAUCUGGCAGUGCAAGGAUCAGUGCAAAGAGCAAGGAUGGUGGUUCUGGGUGGUCCCCAAUAGGCCCGACUCCAAGAAGCCUAUCCAUGCGCAUCCUUCUGAUGGGUCUCGUGCUCAGACGAUCAGAGAUGCCUUGGCUGAAGGUCAGCAGGAAGCCAUGUCCAUUCACAUGAUCCAGCAGAGCCACGAUAACUCCAUGUACGGGGAAGAGGACUCAGCCUUCUCCUACGGUGCAAAUAGUGCAGAGAUCCUCCCCUGUCCAGUGAUUGGACCGGAUGGAAAUGUCUAUACGGGUCCGAUCUGGAGACCCCGUAAAUCCUCGAAGGCUACUGUAGAGGCAAUGCCUGUAGAAGUCGACAAGGAAGUCAUGAGCGCUCUCACCAAUCAGUUCCUCAGGGACAUCAAGUUGGGCGAGGCAGAGGC